AUGGCCAAACCUCCGCUUCGGCCCCCAGGCCGACGUGGAGGAUCCAAAACAGUGCUGACCUGGGCUUUCCUCCUGCUGCUCAUUGCUGCGGUUCAUCCUCAAUCUGUUCCUCACCACGAGUCCGUUCAGAGACUGGUGGCCUCCACCCAGAGCAUCCGGCCCGAUGCGAGUCGACGUCCUCAGGCUGGCCGCAGCCCAGCAGAGAUACCUCUCCUCAAAAACGACAUCGCCACGGUCAAGUUCAGAAGUACCGAUGAAAACCCCGAAAACCAUAAACUCCGUGCCUUGGCUCCAGCACACGAUAGCAGUAGUGCUGUUAGAGCACCUCUUGUUCAGACGGCCGAGUCCUCGCGACUCUCAGCGCUUCCUUCAGCGCGGCUGCUGCAAGAUUGGGAGGUGGAGAAUAUCAUCAUAUUAGCCACCAUUGAUGGCACCAUACAUGCCUGUGACAGGAAGACUGGCAACGAGAGGUGGUCACUGGGAAUACCGAAUAGUCCUAUGAUCGAGACCAUCCACCACGCCGUGAACCGAAGUGACCAGGACGCUUCCCACUACGAAGACGACUUCAUCUUCAUCGUGGAACCGAGCAAGGAUGGCAAUUUGUACAUCCAGCAUCGAGAUCCACGAAUCGGUCUACAACGACUGGGCGUCACUGUCAAGUCCCUUGCAGCCGAGACUCCGCAGUUCGUGGAUGAUCCCCCCCUGGUGACAAUUGCUUCUCAAGAGACAACCGCAUACGUGGUGGACGCUGCGACAGGAAACAUUUUACAACAGUUCGACAAACACAGAGGCUUUUCCACCGACGAUGAAGACCGCAGCUGCCGACGCCUCAGUGGGUUUGAGCUCGAUGGCCCAGCCUGCGAAUCCUUGGGGACAUUGAACCUCGGACGCGUCGAAUAUACCGUCCAGAUAUCACACAAGAUCACAAACCAGCCAUUGUGCACCAUAAAAUUUGCCGAGUGGGUUCCAAAUAAGGGAGACAGCGACCUGCAAAGCCAGUAUAUCGCACCCCUCGACAAUUUCCAUAUCCAGAGCUACUACAACGGCCGAAUCAUCGGAAUUGACAACAACGCGGACGCAGCCAAGGUUCAUCGAUUCACUCACAUGUUGGACACCCCUGUUGCGCGCGUUUUCGAUGUUGUCCGUCCUCUGGACAAUAGAGACGCAUCUCCCAAACUUGUCUUGCUGGCCCGACCGACCGAUUCUCCCCUCAUGUCAACCCCCCAGAUCUGGCGAGAUGAAACGCAAAGAGCUGAAAGGGUGUUUGUGAACAAAACCGAAUCAGGGGUUUGGUACGCGCUGUCGGAGUUGUCGUACCCAGGUGUCACGAGUGGUGCGGCACCUGCAAGCUCACAUUGGAAUUAUGACAAUCAUCCACUGAAUUUCAAGAGCGACAUGGAAGAGAUUGUUGGGGUGCACGUUCUAUCCACCGAACCAGACAAUGCACCAUUACGAUUGACUAUCUCUGGGCCUCCUCCGGCAACCGACUUGGCCGAGGAGGCAGCGAGGGACAUCGCAACCAUUGGAUCCAAAAUCGCGCCAUCGUUGUCGCCAGUGUUGAACCAUCCGCUAAUGUCGGUGUUCAACCUGAUCGUCAUCAGUGUAAUAUUUCUCUUCGUGGUGGGAAUACAAAUGAAGCUCCCCUGGAUGUUAAAGAUGCAACAACAUCUUCGCAAGGCUGGCUUCGAAGUCGCUGUUGAGAAGGCCGAGCCUCCUGCGUCUGUCCCAGCUGCUCCUACGCAGACGACCGGUGACCGUGAAAUACCGGUUGCCGAUGUUGAGCAAGCGAAAGAUGAGCCGCAAAUCGUCUCACAAGCAUUAGAAAACGCCAUUGCCACGCCCAGCAGAAGUCGUGCUGAAAGCGUUGCAGUUUCGACAUCUAGUCCUGUCAAGAACGUCAAACUAAACAAUGGCAACGAUGAGAGCUCGGAAGGCGAUUCGGAGGACGACAAGGGCAAGCAAGAGUCCAACUUGGGUGAAAAUACCGAAGCCGGAGCACAGCCUCGUUUCAGACACGCCAAGCGCGGGAAGCGUGGUGGCCGGAAAAACAAAAAGGGAAAAAAGACCAUGGAUCCUCAGGCUAUGGAUGAAAAAGAAGAGCUGGUGGUAGAAGUCCCCACCAAAGAUGGCAUGUUGCAAGUCGGUCGACUCAGGAUUGACACGAGAGAGGAUAGGUGUCUGGGCCGGGGGAGCAAUGGAACGGCUGUCUUCCCUGGCACGCUUGACGGCAGGGAAGUGGCCGUCAAGCGUCUGAUUCGAACCUCGAACAGUUUGGCAGCGAAAGAAAUCAAGCAUCUCCUGUCAAGCGAUGAGAAUCCUCACGUCAUUCGAUACUUUGGUAAAGAGGAGUCGCAGCACUUCACCUACAUCGCGCUGGAGCUCUUCACCACCUCUCUCGACCAGUUCAUUGAGCGGCCUCUGCAAUUCCCUAACCUGGUCAAGUUUCCUGAAGGGUUUGAUGUCAAGGACGCUCUACGUCAGAUUACCGAUGGUGUUCAGCAUCUUCACUCACUGAAACUCGUUCACCGGGAUAUCAAACCGCAGAACGUCCUUGUGAAGGCCGUAAAAAGUAACCGACCUCCUACCGGUUUGCCGAAGCUGCAAUUUGUCAUCUCCGAUUUUGGACUGUGCAAGCCUUUAGAGGAAGGGCCUGAAUCAACCUUUGCCCCCACGGCAAAUCACACCGCUGCAGGGACGACAGGCUGGAGGGCGCCAGAACUCCUGGUACAUUCCAGAUCAACCAUUACUGCCUCAAACACCACCUCGUCAACAUCGAAGUCCACUACCCAUUCCAGUAACGGAACAGUGAUCGACCGUCCUUCCGGUCGUCGCGCCACCAAAGCCAUCGACAUCUUCUCCUUGGGCUGUGUCUUUUACUAUGUCAUGACCCAGGGUCGCCAUCCCUUCGAUGUCGGCGGUUCCAGUCUGGGCAGAGACUUGAACAUCAAAGAAAACAAAUUCAGCACCGAGGAUCUGCGCCUUCACGACUACCAAUAUGACGCUGACGACCUUAUCAUGCAGAUGCUCAAACAUGACCCCAAGGAGCGUCCCGACACGACGGAGGUCCUGCGUCACCCUUACUUCUGGGAUGUGGCGGACAAGUUGGAAUUCCUCUGCGAUGUGUCGGAUUGCUAUGAGCGGGAGAAGAACUCGAUCAAGAAUAUCUUCGACGAGAACGCCAUCCGCACGCCAGCCGAAAAGGAGGCGCUGGCAGAACUCGCCGCCCUCGAAUCGCUCGCGCCCAACGUCAUUGGCCCGUCGAGGGACUUUCUUCGAGCCUUGCCUAAGAGCUUCGUCAAUGAGAUGGGCAAACAGCGCAAAUAUAGCGGUUCCAAAAUGAUUGAUCUCCUGCGUGUCAUCCGGAACAAGAAGAAUCAUUUCCACGAUCUUCCUGACGAUGUCAAGGAACAAAUGCUCGGCGGAAGUCCUAAGGGAUACUAUGAGUUCUGGGCGAAGAGGUUUCCUAGCCUGCUCAUUAACUGUCAUUGUCUCAUAUUGGAGAGGGAUCUCGUUGGACGGUUUCGGAUGGAGAGGUAUUAUGAGUGA